AGUCAUAUUCAUCUUCUUCUUCUACAUUUUCUCACCUUCGAUUCUUAGCGGUGAAAAUGGUAAAGUGUUUCUCUCUCAUUGUCGCUCUCUCUCUCCUCGCCGUGGCGGCGAUCGGCGCCGAGGUCUUCUCCGGAGAAUCGGACGGAGAUUUUAUAAUCCGUCAGGUUGUUGACGACGGAGUAGUCAACGGAGGGAGUAACGGCGACGAUCUGCUACUCGGAGCCGAGCACCACUUUUCGCUCUUUAAGCGGAAGUUUGGGAAAUCGUACGCUUCCAAGGAGGAGCAUGAUCACCGGUUCAGGGUAUUCAAAGCCAACUUGAGGCGAGCUCAACGCCACCAGGCCCUUGAUCCGUCUGCUACUCAUGGCGUCACCCAGUUCUCCGAUUUGACACCAUUGGAGUUCAGAAGUUCGUUUCUAGGGCUUAGAGGUCGUCGUCUUAGACUCCCGGCGGAUGCUAACAAGGCCCCUGUUCUUCCUACUGAUGAUCUUCCAACUGAUUUCGAUUGGAGAGAUCAUGGCGCUGUUACAGAAGUUAAGAAUCAGGGUUCGUGUGGAUCCUGCUGGAGUUUCAGUACAACUGGUGCUCUUGAAGGCGCGAACUUCCUCGCUACCGGCAAACUUGUUAGCCUUAGCGAACAACAGCUUGUAGAUUGUGAUCACGAGUGUGAUCCAGAAGAAAAAGAUUCCUGUGAUUCUGGCUGCAGUGGAGGGCUAAUGAAUAGUGCAUUCGAGUACACAUUGAAAGCUGGUGGACUUAUGAAAGAGAAAGACUACCCAUACACUGGUACAGAUCGUGGAACCUGCAAAUUUGACAAGAGCAAAAUUGCUGCAUCAGUGGCCAACUUCAGUGUUAUCUCCCUUGAUGAAGAACAAAUUGCUGCCAAUCUCGUGAAGAAUGGCCCUCUUGCAAUUGCUAUCAAUGCUGUGUUCAUGCAAACAUAUAUAAGAGGGGUCUCUUGCCCUUACAUUUGCUCAAAGCAUUUGGAUCAUGGAGUUCUGUUGGUUGGUUAUGGAUCUGAUGGCUACGCUCCCAUCCGAAUGAAAGAUAAACCAUACUGGAUCAUUAAGAACUCUUGGGGAGCUAACUGGGGGGAGAAUGGAUACUACAAAAUCUGCAGGGGUCGCAAUGUCUGUGGAGUCGAUUCCAUGGUGUCGACAGUUGCCGCAGUUCAUACCGCCGCUAACUAGUUUCCGAACAAAAAUUGGUGGAGAUCACUUCACAUCUACAAUUUCUGUAUAUAUUGCUGCAAUAUGAUCACCUGCCAUUUCAAGAAUAGGAUGUCUCUCUAAAAGUAAAAUUUGAACUCUAUGUUUUAUGUUGGUUUAGAAACUUGAUAAAAGUAGCAUAAUAUAUGCAUAUUUAUAUUUAGUUCAAGCUAUUGUGGAGAAGGAUUGCUGUAAGGAAACAAACAAGACUCUGUCUAUGUAUUGUGGGUUGGCUCACCUACUCAAUUUGACGUGUGAUGCCAAAGAAAAACUCUCCCAAUGUAAAUGUCAACAUUGAUAGCGAAAAGAUGCUUUUCUGAUGUGUUAUCUCUUAUCUUUUCUGAUGCUGAACGUCAACAUUGAUGAUAAUGAUAAUUAGUCUUGUUUAUUGUUUAA